GAAACGUAAAGCUGGAACGUCAAGGUGAUGUUGCAGUUAUUAAAAUGGACAUGGCUAACACGAAGGAAAAUGUACUCAACGAAGCGAUAAGCAAAGAGCUGCAGGAUACGUCGGAACGUGAUGAGUCGGUCAAGUCAAUCGUUCUGAUGUCGGGAAAACCGAAUAGUUUCGUUGCUGGCGCCGAUGUCACAAUGCUGAAAAAUGCGAAAACACCCGCGGAUGGUACCAAUAUUUCAAAGCGAGGACAAGAACAGUUCGAGAAACUGGAAAAGUCAGGAAAACCGAUUGUCGCAGCGAUUAUGGGAAGUUGUAUGGGUGGUGGAUUGGAAUUGGCCAUGUCAUGUCACUACCGUAUAGCUGUGAAUGACAAGGAAAACGCAGCUCGUGCCUUUGCCU